CUCUACGGUAGCCCAGCAGAUGCACUAGAAUGCUAUACUUCAGGCAUGCUGCAAGUAUAGGCUUUCGUUUGGUACCGCUUUCGGGCCGGUCCCAUACAUGUUGGCCUCACAAAAUGGCACUCUUGUCUCAUCGAUAUCGAAGCUGGACAAAUCCUUUGAGUCGAUUUAAGAAGCAGACAGCAUCAAAGGCACCCUACGUGAUAGAGGAGCCUCAAGAAAUCCAAUCCACUUCCACAGCCAACAAAAUUCACGAGCUCAAACAGUAUGUGAGGACUACUGAUAUGCCACCCAAGUUGAAAGAAAAGCUCUUGAGCAGUAAGUUAUCAGAAGUCAUCCACGAGUCAGACAAGUUGGACGGAGAACAAAUCAAGAUCGUCAACUCUGUUUUCUUGGAGCUAUUCAAGCUCAACGGCCGUAUGGUCGACAACUCCGAUGGAGAUAUAUUUCUCUCGCUGGGUGACCUAAUACGAUUAUUCGAAAUAUCUGCAUGGUCGUUGAUUGCAGAGCAUGCUGACGGCCGCCAAAGACUCCAAAUCCCCAAGUAUAUGUCUAUCUUGACCCAGUUUUUGUUGAGCCAGAACUUGCACCAGCUUCCUCCCAAAACGUUGGUUCAGCUCGUGGAGCUCGGAAGUCAUAACUCGAGCUUUGAGAUUGUGCUUUCCAGCUUGAUCAGCCUGAAAUCACACUUUCUAACCCCAGAAUUCACACAUGAACUAUUGCAUCACUACAAGAAAAAGGGCCAAUUGAAGCUCCAGAUAUUCGAAUCAUUAGUGGCUUCUUUGGAAAGAGCGGAAGUGUCGGGAAGACUUAACAGUGGCACUCCUUUAAAUACCACCAAUGUCGAUUUGAGCCUUCACAGGUCUACUUCCGCGAUCAUAGACGACCAAUUCUAUGCUUCGUUCAUAGAGUACGUCGAGUCAUUGUUCAUAGAGAGUUUACCCGAGAUCCACGAGUAUCAGAACCUCGAAAGAAACACCGACAGAAUACAGUAUGUGACCAACAUACUUUUGGCACAUAUAAGGCCAGAUCAGACUUCAUUGCGCUCUAUUUUGGGAAUGGUCAAGUUGGCGUACGAGUUGUCUCAUGUGUCCGAGAAUCAACAGCUUGAAGCCAAUAUCCUGCGAGUAAUUGCGUUCGUCAACAGACUUCCAAAGGAGACAAUAAAAUUCGAGCUUGAUUUACAGGAAGAUGAGACGUUGGCUGAAACUCUCUUGGUUUUGAGCAGGUCGAAGAACGAGCAAUUCUUAGCUGAGAUUAUCACUGAGUACAUCCAAGACAAUGAGACCUCCCAUGAAAUCAAAUUCCAAGCAUCUCUCUACGAAAUACUAAGUUCUGACGAGGAAAAGCCAACUGAAACGCUACUUACAAAUGUUGUUGAUCUAAUCUCAUCUAUCCAAGAUUCAGACAUCGAUCCCAAUGAAGCCUACACACGCCUUUCACAAGGCUUGAUGAUGAUGAGCAUUGAACCUCGUGGUGAAUUAUUUGACCGUAUCUCCAACGAGUUCGGUAGCCGUUUCAAUUACAAAGCAUCAGUUCUUUCAUACAAGUAUAGAAUCGAUAAAGCUGUUGAAUUGCAAGACCACGUGGCAGCCAUUAGCAUUUUUGAAGACAGUCUUGAGAGGUCCAUCGAUUGGGUAGGUGAAGUUGAGCCCAAGUUGCUCAAAACAUUGAACAAUCUUAUUAUUCUUGUUUGCAACAAGGUCGAGGACGUGCUGAGUAUCUUCCCAAUAUUCGUGAAAAUCAAACAACAAAUGGGUGGAAAGCAAAUCAAUGCUGAUUCGAUCCUUGCGAUGAGCUCCAAGAUGCUACAAGCCGAAUAUGUUGGGGACCUCAUCGAAAUGUUGAAGAGAGAAUUGCCCCAAAUUGACAAAGAUGCGGUAGUUAAGUUGCCAUUAGCCUAUCCAUGGAGUGUCAAGUACAAGCAAUUGUUCGAACAACUACAAAGUUUUGUUCUCGAGUAUAACAACGAGGAGACCCACGAGACCAAUUGGGUGUUAUAUGGAGAACUUCACAAAUACUUCCAAGUUCCCUUCGAAACAUACUUGCCCACCAUGAAGUUCUUUUGCGAGAAGAACAGAUUGAAUGCAGCCUUGUUGAUUUUCAGGCAGGUAAAGAAGUUGAACGAAUUACAUGGAGAUCAUUCCAACUUACCACCCCUGAAGGAAAUGUACAUGUUGCUAUUCCAGUAUUUUGGGGACAAACUCUACGAGGACGGAGUCAUCGAGAUUCACGAGAGCUUAAAGAUGGAUAUAAAUCUCACGAAACAGGACAUUGCGCUCCAGAAUUGUAUUUUGAAUGCAUACUCCAACUUACAGGAUGUGUCCCGUGCCAGGGAACUAUUCUUGUCGAUGUCCACAAGCCCCAAGCUCAUUGGAGGAAUCAACGAGGAGACCAUCCAAAUCAUGAUCAAGACUUACACCUACAAUGACUUGGCCUAUGUCCAAAAGUUCUGGAAUAACCUUUCACAGUUCGGCAUUCUUCCAAACAGAGCCAUUUAUAGACAGUACCUCAUCGCACACGUAUAUCAUGGUUUGGUGGAUGACGCUUUGGCUCUUGUGGAAGGAAUGGGGGACUAUGAUUUGGAAAUGGAUAGCGAGCUCCUCAUUUCGAUGCAUAACUACUGUUUGGAGACAGGCGGCCAGAAGCACAUCAGGGAAUGGGCAGAGGAAAACCACCAGGAGCUUUGGAACAGUGCUGUACAGAGCGGGUUAUUAACUGGUGCUACUAACUAUGCUCCAUCGAAUAAUUUGAUUGCUGGCUCUUAAUGUACAUAGUGUAAAAUACUAAUUUAUAUAUACCUAAUUGAGU